AAGUUUAUUAAAGAAUGGUGGAAGACCUCUUAUGAUAAAUAUAUUAUAGAUAACAAAUUCAAUGAGCAGGAUUUAAUUAAUCUUUUUGAGAUAUAUUAUAAAUACAUGCCAGAGAGAGAUUGGCUACGACAGAUCCUUUUUACAGAGAUAUUUAUCUAUAAUAAUCUGGAAAGACAAUAUCUAAAAGAUAUACUAAGCUUAAUCAUCGCCCACCAGGUCGGCUCUGGUAUAACCCCUCUCACAUAA